AUGUCUGGCUUUAUUUUCGGCUUCGUCAACAUCAACAGCUUUGCAACACUACUGGAUGUCUUUGGAGCCUCUCUUCGGAGCAAUAACCCGCGUGAUGACAUUAUGGAUCCCUAUGAUGUCCGACGUCAUGGUGGAGGCAUGGGUGUUUGGCUGGCGUUUUGGGCCUGGUGCAACAUCGGUUCAAUUUCCCUAGGCUUCGUCGUUGGGGCAUUCAUCAUUAGUAACAGCAGCGUUGAUUGGGGGUUUUGGGUGACUCUAAUUAUUCUGAUGGCUGUCCUGAUGCUGAACAUCGUUGCACCAGAAGUGCGUAGAUCAGCGUUUCGAAGGACAGUGAAAGAGAUUAUGGGAGACCAUGGUGAAUUCAGUCGCAUAGCACGGGGAGAAGUCAAGCUGCACUUGACUGGGAAUGGUCCAUGCUGGUGGGGAGAGGAAGUCAAAGCUGGGCUCCAGUUAAGUUUGAGGAUGAUCAAGCAACCAGGGUUCUUCGUGCUGGCUCUGUACUCGGCCUGGGUAUAUGCACAAUUCACACUCGUGCUAAUGGUUGGAUUGUGCUGUCUCUCGCUUGCGCUGGGGGCAGCUCUCAUGCUACCAUUUCAGAAAGCGUCCUGGUUCAGCCGAGCUCGGUAUUCGCCGCCGCGUACGGACAGCAUGACGUUUCAAAAGGCUGCGAUUUGGGAAUCACAUACGACUCGCAGAACGCUCUUCACGACUCUGCUACCGAUAGCUGCAAUUGGGUAUUCAGUGGCGUCGAGAGGUCCAAUGCUUCCGGUUGGCGUGCCGUGUUGUCUGGCAGGGUUGGUUGCAAUGGCAUCUAAUUUGGCCAUUGCCGAGAGCUACAGCUUGACCAUGCAAACGUUCGACACUUCCGAUCUGCAACCAGGAAUGACGGGGCGACCAGCCAGAGGGUCGAUUGCAAAACUGGUGGAGGAGCAGCGAACGAACUUCUCGUGCUAUCCUCGAGUCAGUGCUGGUGUUGCAGUUACGCAGUUCCUGGAGUUCACUUUCGGUGCCGUAUCAACGGCGAUCUGCGGUCGAGUGCAGCGAAGAUAUGGUGCAACGGAAGCAGCAGCAAUUGCGGCAUCGGUAUUGAUGAGUCUGACCAUCUUGUUUGCCCUGGCGGUAUUUCGAUUCAAGAGUGUGCAAAUGAUUCCCGCAACGCAUGGGGGACGACGACAGGGUGAAUCAGCUUAG